CGGGAGCCGCGGCCGCCCCGGGGCAGGUGCGGCGCCGCUCCCGCCCGAACUACAUGUCCCGGGGUGCCGCGGGGCGCGCGCGGCGCGGGCGCGGCGGCGGUGGGGGCGUAGCGAAGAUGGCGGCGGGGGCGCUGCGCCCCGCUCCGGGCUGAGCGCGGCGCGGCCCCGCGCGGCCCUCAGAGCGGCGGCGGCGAUGUCCGAGCCGGAGCACCUGGGCGGGAAGCGGGCCGAGUCGGCGCGGCUGCGGCGGGCCGAGCAGCUGCGGCGCUGGAAGGGCUCCCUGACCGAGCAGGAGCCGGUGGCGGCGGGGGGCGGCCGUGGCCGGCACCGCGGCGCGGGGGGGUCCCGCGUCCGCUUCGAGGAGGGCGCCGUGUUCCUGGCCGCCUGCUCCAGCGGCGACACCGAGGAGGUGAAGAGGCUGCUGGGCCGCGGCGCCCGCAUCAACACCACCAAUGUGGACGGGCUGACAGCCCUGCACCAGGCCUGUAUUGAUGAGAACCUGGACAUGGUGAAGUUCUUAGUGGAAAAUGGAGCCAAUGUGAACCAGCAAGACAACGAGGGCUGGACCCCUCUUCAUGCAGUGGCGUCGUGUGGCUACCUGAACAUAGCAGAGUACCUGAUCAGCCAUGGGGCCAACGUGGCUGCUGUGAACAGUGAGGGCGAGGUCCCGUCCGACAUCGCCGAGGAGGCGGCCAUGAAGGACCUGCUGCUGGAGCAAGUCAAGAAACAAGGUGUAGACCUAGAGCUGUCAAGGAAAGAAGAGGAGCAGCAGAUGCUCCAGGAUGCCCGGCAGUGGCUGAACAGUGGGAGAAUUGAGGAUAUAAAGCAGCCUCGGACAGGAGCCACAGCUCUUCAUGUUGCUGCAGCCAAGGGAUAUUCUGAAGUCAUGAGGCUCCUGAUCCAGGCUGGGUUUAAUUUGAACGUCCAGGACAAUGAUGGCUGGACUCCACUCCAUGCUGCUGCUCACUGGGGAGUGAAGGAAGCGUGUUCCAUCCUGGCUGAGGCUCUGUGUGACAUGGACAUCAGGAACAAGCUGGGCCAGACGCCCUUUGAUGUUGCUGAUGAGGGACUUGUGGAGCAUUUAGAAAUGUUGCAGAAGAAACAGACUGUGCUGCGAAGUGAGAAGGAGACAAGGAAUAAGCUGAUUGAAGCUGACAUGAAUGGGAAGCCUCAAAACAGACUCUUCACCAACAAAGAGAAGAUUCUUUAUGAGGAAGACACGUUGAAGUCCAUGGAAACUGAGGAAGAGAACAAGGACUCAAGCAGUUCUAGUUCUGAAGAGGAAGAAGCUGAAGAUGAAGUUUCAGAAUCAGAUGCUGAAAAGGAGUCAGAGAGAAAGGAAGAGCCCUUUGCCAACCACUCCAGCCGUGAAUCCAGGCCCAGCAUCACUGAGCAAAUGCCACCACCCGAGCCCAACUCCUUCACUGCAUCUGCCAGAAGAUUCAGUUGGCUCAGCAAGUCAGACGAGCAGAAGGAUGAGUCUCCUUCGUCGUGGCGGCUGGGCCUGAGGAAGACUGGCAGCCACAACAUGUUGAGUGAAGUCGCUGCCACUCGUGAGGCACAGAGGGAUAAAACUUCUUCUAUCUAUCGCUCCUCGUCCAGCCCUCGGAUAUCUGCACUGUUGGACAACAAGGAAAAGGACAGAGACAACAAGAGUUAUCUUGCCACCAUAGUCCCCAGAAGACUGAGCAGUACGAGUGAUACAGAAGAAAAAGAAAACAGGGAAUCUGCUGUGAACCUGGUGCGGAGCGGCUCCUACACGCGGCAGCCCUGGAGGGACGAGCCAAAGGGAAACGAAGCUCCCCACUCCGGUGCACCCACUACCUAUGUAUCCACCUACUUGAAAAGUGCUUCAUUUGGUAGAAGUAGUGACCUGAGCAGUCCCUACAUUUCAGCCAGUCGCAGUCCAUCUCUAGCUACCUCACCCACUGCCAUUGGCUCAUCUACCUCCCCAGGCACCCCGUGGCAACCUGUCUCUUGCUGCCCCACAUCUCUCGGUGUGAACACUCCUGCUUCAGCCCGCCACAGCACCAGAGCCCCUUUCAGGCAACAAACUGAUUCUGCUGUAGAGAAAAACACAGAGGGCAGCUGUGCCAGCACCCCUCUAGGUGUAAUCACAAACCAUGCUGUGCUCGGCGCUGCCAACGGCACCGGGAAUGCCGGGGCUGCCUCCGCCCCGGGGAAGGACCUCUCGGCUGAGGAGGCCAGGGAGCGCAGAAGGUCAUAUCUGACUCCAGUGCGGGAUGAGGAAGCAGAAUCACUGAGGAAGGCACGGUCCAGACAGGCCCGGCAGACUCGCAGGUCUACCCAGGGAGUGACCCUGACGGACCUGCAGGAGGCCGAGCGCACGUUCAGCCGCUCGCGGGCGGAGCGCCAGGCGCAGGAGCCGCCGGGCGACAGAGCCGAGGACAGCGGUGACAGAACGGAGAGCCGUCCGCGCUGGGGACGGAGCACGGACGACGAGACCGUCUAUCGGCGAUUGAGGGGCUCAGCACAGCCCGACAAACCCACGACACCUGUGUCUCCUUCCACAGCAGCACCUCUGCUCUAUACAAGCUCAUACCUGACUCGAACAAAUAAAUAUCUAGGGCUGGACUCUGUGAAUCCAGCAGAUUUCAGAGCGGCAGGCACAGAGAUGGAGAAAAAUGAGUGUGAAGAUCAGGAUUCAGAUGACAAAUCCCUGAACAAACAGUCAAUCCGGGAGCGGCGGCGGCCAAAAGAGAGACGGAGAGGCACCGGCAUCAUCUUCUCAACACAAGAUGAUGAAGAUGAAGUUGAUGGAAAUGAAGAAGUGAAGGAAACUCGGCAUGAAAGACUUUCCAGGUUGGAGGCAGCCACGAACCCCACCCCGAGUGACUCGUCCUACAGCGACCGCGCCGCCGGCCGCUCCAGUGCCUACAGCCGCAGGGAGAACCGGCUCGCCGCGCUCAGCAGCCGCGCAGAGGAGGAGAGCAACAGGGACUACAAGAAGUUAUACGAGAGUGCCCUGUCUGAAAAUCAAAAGCUGAAGUCAAAGCUGCAAGAAGCCCAGCUUGAGCUGGCUGAUAUCAAAGCAAAGUUGGAAAAAGCAGCCCAGCAGAAACAGGAGAAAACUUCUGACCGGUCCAGCAUGCUGGAGAUGGAGAAGAGGGAGAAGCGAGCCUUGGAGCGGAAACUCUCUGAAAUGGAAGAGGAAAUGAAGAUUUUGACAGAGCUGAAGUCGGACAACCAAAGGCUGAAGGAUGAGAACGGAGCCCUCAUUCGUGUCAUCAGCAAACUCUCCAAAUAGGAAUCCAGAGCAAAGGAGGGACAAGGAGGGGUGUCCUACACCAGCUGCCAACCCCCCACCGAGCCCUACCCCCUUCCUUCCCGUCACGUACAGCAAGUGUUUCAGCCGUGGGAUCAAUGUCACACCUGCCUUGCCCUGCCCUUUGCUGUACAUUCCCUUUCUACCCCUGUUUCCCCCCAACACACCCCCUGCCAUUUUUUUUUUUAAUUUAUGCAUGUUGUGGUAUCUCGGACAUUUUAUUCAAGGGAGAAAUGUGAGGACUGGGUUUGAGCUGCCAAAACUUCUUCCAAAAGCUCAGUAUUUGGUUUUGGACUCUGACCUGGAGUGGGAAGCUCCUACUGUAAAAAGUGACAUCUGAAGAACUAACCCAGCAUAUCCAAGGCCUUUACAGGUGGGAAAUGUGAACAUGGGCUGGGACUCUGAGGAUGCACAUCAGCCCACUGAGACGUGGGACUCUGGUUAAAUGUGAUGCUGUGAAAGCCACCAGAGCUCACGUUUGUCACAGGCUGAUGAGCUGUUUUGCACAGACACCUUUUCCUCUUGCCCCAGUAGACUGAAUCUUCUAUUUUAGAUAAGAUUUUGAACCUUUACAGAAACAUCAGUGCUGACACUUGGUGUCAGACCCUUACCCCUGACCCUCCCUUUCCCCCACAGCCUGGGUGAUCCUGUGUCACGUUGUGUCCUUCCAGGGCUCCUGUCUGUGGUUGGUAGCAUACAGUUGCCACCUGGACACUUGUUCCUUGGGACAGGAUAUACCCCAGGCACUUGCUGAGCUUUGUGAAGGACAAACUUGAACCCCUACAGACCCUCUGCCGCUCUCACCUGUGUGUGAGCAUCAAUCACCUUGCAGGGAGCUGUGCCAAUGCCAGAAACCAGCCUCCCCUCCCCAAAAGCCAUCUGGGACAUUCUCCCACUGCCUCCCUGAAGGCAGAGCCCCACAGCAGAGCCUGGUUGGUAUUUCAGGUACCCUCCCUUUGAUUUGCAGUAGGAUUUGUAGCCAGAGAAUGCUAGCAUCCUGUCCCACACACCUUGGAGAGGUCAGGGUGUGUCAGUGUCAGAGGGACAAGGAGCUGCUGGUAACUGAAAUCACCAUGAUGAAAGUCUUCUGACCUGUCAGAAACUUCUGAUAAGCUUUGACCUUGAAGGAAACCCCCAGAAAUACUCCUCUUCAAUACAUAUGCACUCUAAACAGUUUGGAAUUGUUCUCUCCCAUGGGCAUUUAGGCAUUGGCUCCUCUCAAACAGUACCUUCCCUCUCAGAGACAUCCAGCUGCAUCCAAAACAUUCUCCCAUCUACACCCUUCCAUAUUUGUUCUUUCAUCCCCUUUGUCCUUCAACUCCCCAUUCUCUCUCUGGCCAAGGGCAGCAGUUCUUGGUCACUGAACCUGGAGGUGGCCAUGGAGCAGCUCUACCAUGUUCCUGAGCAGCUCUGCUGGCUCUGGCUGGGGGGAACUCUCCACUACCAGAGACAUGAGAUACUUGAACAUGAGCAGAAUACUUGAGCUUGCUCAGCAGGGUAAAACUUAUCUCUAUCAGGCAAUCCUGGGCUUUUUUGAACCUUUUGCUGGUUAUUGCCUCAGAAAGCAUCUCUGUUUUCCUCUCUCUGGGGUUUUCUCUCUUUUUUUUCCCCCUGCCCUAAUUCUCCAUUUUCCCCCCUUCCCCUGCCUGUCCUGCCUGUUUCCACCUCUCUUGCUCUUCCUGGAGCUGCCAGGUCUCCCCAGGCAGCUCUGACCACAAGUUGCUCUUCAGCUGGUGGAGCCAUUUGUGCAGCUGAGGCACCGUUUCUCCUGGUACUGAGGCCCUGCCUCUGCUGCUGAGCUUUGGGAGGAAGAGACCAAAGCUGGUAAAGGCAUCAGGGUUUCUGCAGAGCACUGCCUAAGCCAGGCAUCCUUUUUAUAUUCCUUGAUUUUAACCCUGCUCUAUUUAACAGCUUUAAGUCUUGAGAUCCAGUCGAUGCUUCCCCUGCACGCCGCUCCCUCUUGGUGCACUCUUUCUGUGAGUACUUCUGCCGUUCUUGAUGUUUUCUCUCUUGGUGACCGCUCCUCGCUUCAGCCUCGGGCUCAGCUCUGCUCAGGAGGUCGGGGAUCAGGAGCCCUGUCCCUUCUGUGCCGCGUGGAGGAGGGGACACUCCCCAGCUGGGCCACCCAUCCCGGCAGGAUGAGGAGGAGAGUUCAGAAUCAAGACCCUGUCCUUCUCACGGGCAGGUUCCUGGCAGCAGGAAGAAGCCUGGUGUCUGUUUUAGGGAGAGGGUUCAACCCAAUCUGACAAAUCCAUCCCGCACUGAUGAUUUGCCCCUUCUUACCAGGACACUCACUGCGCUUUCUCGCAAGGAGCAGAGUGGAAGGGCUGUGGGAGGCUCGUUCUGAGUGGCACCUUGCAAAGCCAAACCACUUUAGCUGAAGUGUCUGCUUAGCACUGGAUUCUCUGAGCCUGGGCCCCCACAGCUCAGUGUCCCUGAUCAGCCAAAGCCGUGAGCGUCUCGUGGUGACGGCGCAGCUGCAAAUCAAAUUCUUGAGAAUGGAUUUUUUUUGUCUCACUUCUUGCCUGACAUAACCAGUGCACUGAGGAGGUGACAAACAGGACACCUCAAACCCUGUGCUUGGCACAAGGUGCAGAGCAAAUAGGUUUUUAAAAUUGAUCCCUCUUGGAACCAGAGCAUUUGCCAGACGUGGUCUCCCUUGGGGAACAUGAGCUUUUUUUUCUAAGCAAUUGCUUGGGGUGAGUUAAUUUUUAUUGCUUGGGAUGAACCCACCUGUUGUGGCUGCAAGUUUGGUGAUGGCUCUAUGUAAAUAAACUCCGGAGAAGCAGGACUGGCUGAUGAGAUGGGGAGAGAAUGUAUUUUUAUGCAACUUUUGAGUGGCCUUUCAAACCCUGAGAUGAAUGAUUUGUUUUACUGGUUGUUGUUAUAUAGUAUUAUAAGUAUUAUGUGUUUGAAAGUUUGGGAAUAAUAUUCACAGCUAUGAUGCUUGUAAACACAACAGUAUUUAUAAAUGAAUAAAGUAAGAGUUGAUAAAAUAGAA